GGCUGUUUGUAGCUCAUCUACUUCAACCACUACCUUACCCCAUUAUCUCACGCAUUUAUGUUCUGUUUACUACAACCGUUCUCCUUCACUGUCCACAGUCGUCACUGUUCUUUUGGUGUUGUUCCCCCCUAAACCCAUUUGUUUAGCUACCUUCACCCAACUCGCAUGCUGUAGGAUCUUUCUAGAUCACGUUAAUUGGCCUGUGUCUACAAAAACCCACUCGGAGAUCCAUUUUAUUACACACCCAGAUCUAGGGGAAAUCAAUACUCUGCUGUUUGGGGACAUGGAACUUUGUUUCAUGGAAAAGCUGCAAACUCAGCCACUCUGGGUUAUUGUGCUCUUUGCUGUGGGAUGUUUAUCGGUUUUGAAAUCUUUCCUAGCUAUCCUCAAUGGGGUCUACGUUUGUUUUCUCAGACCGGGCAAGAAUCUCAAGAAAUACGGGUCGUGGGCACUCGUGACUGCUCCCACGGACGGUAUCGGAAAGGGUUUUGCCUUUGAAUUGGCUCGAAAAGGGCUUAAUCUGGUAUUGGUGGGUCGGAAUCCGGAUAAGUUGAAGGAUGUGUCCGAUGCGAUUCAAUCCAAAUAUGGGAAGACCCAGAUCAAGGCUGUUGUGGUUGAUUUUGCUGGUGAUCUUUCCGAGGGUGUUCUGAAGAUUCGAGAAGCUAUUGAAGGACUGGAUGUUGGGGUUUUGAUCAAUAAUGUGGGGGUUUCAUAUCCAUAUGCCAGGUUUUUUCAUGAAGUGGAUGAUGAGCUAUUGAAGAAUUUGAUUAAAGUGAAUGUCGAGGGCACCACGAAGGUCACACAUGCUGUUCUUCCAGGGAUGCUCAAGAGGAAGAAGGGUGCAAUUGUCAAUAUUGGUUCAGGUGCUGCUAUUGUGAUUCCUUCAGAUCCUCUUUAUGCUGUUUAUGCGGCCACAAAAGCGUAUAUUGAUCAAUUCUCAAGGUGCCUCUAUGUUGAAUAUAAGAAUAGCGGGAUUGAUGUGCAGUGUCAGGUUCCACUGUAUGUGGCCACUAAGAUGGCAUCAAUCAGGAGAUCUUCCUUCUUAGUUCCCUCAUCAGAUGGCUAUGCCCGUGCAGCCAUGCGCUGGAUAGGGUAUGAACCACGCUGCACUCCUUAUUGGCCCCAUGUCCUUAUCUGGGGUCUGGCAUGCCAAUUACCAGAGUGUGCUAUUGAUGCGUGGCGCCUGGGAUUCAACCUUAAGAUUAGAAAGAGGGGACAACUCAAAGGGUCUAGGAAGCAGGAGUAGACUAUUCCUUGUUUCAUGCAAAAAUAGAGAAAAAGUGUUACUGCUCUUUGUGCUGUUGAGAUGGGGUGAUGGGCUGCCGGAUCACUAACAGAUAAGCAGUUCUUGCUGGAUUAAGCUUGAGCAUGCAGACUUUAUGCUCAGAAUUCUGUUAUCACUUAUUUCAUUUAAUUUAUGGUCUUUUGAUAGUUAUGCAAACUUCGUGUUCUUUGAAUUGUUUAUUAUCAACAGGGCAUCUAGAAAAAGACUUCUAUUUCUAGGGUCUGUUGAGAAUUGGGAGAGAAUGUCUGGUUGUCAAGGUAGAACUUGCUUUUAGAAGGAUGUUGCUUUUGUUGUUUGUGUCGCCUGCUGUUAUUUUUUACACAGGACUUCUCUAAUUUCAUCCUUUUAGUAUUAGAGUAAUACUUUGGUGUGCUUCAGUGGAUACUAGAUGUAUCAUAUGAGCAAUCAAACUAAUAAAUGUUGGUGCACCUCUAUUUUUUC